AUGAGAAUGAGAUUCCCCUCAGGCUCCGGGGAUGAUCGAGACGCCGAAUCGCUCUUCCGCACUAAACCCAUCUCCGAAAUCCGCAAUGUGGAAUCCGCCACCAACAAACAGAUCCAAGACAAGAAGGAGGAGCUCCGGCAGCUGGUUGGCACCCGCUACCGUGAUCUCAUUGACUCGGCAGACUCCAUCCUCCAAAUGAAAUCGGCAUCCGAGUCGAUUUCCUCCAACAUCUCCUCCAUCCACCAUUCCAUCUGCUCCCUCUCCCUCUCCGUCUCGGAAGCUCCAUCCCCUAAACUCCGAACCCCUAACCCUACUACUCGGCUCCGUAUCUAUGGGAUCGCUUGCCGCGUCAAGUACCUGGUGGACACCCCGGAGAACAUCUGGGGCUGUCUCGACGAGUCCAUGUUCUUGGAGGCGGCCGCCAGGUAUGUCCGUGCCAAGCACGUCCACUCCAACUUGAUGCUUCCCAAUCGUGAUUUGGAUCACAACAACAUCUUGUCCAAUUUCCCUCUGCUUCAGCACCAGUGGCAGAUCGUUGAGAGCUUCAAGGCUCAGAUUUCGCAGAGAAGUCGCGAGAGGUUGAUGGAUCGGGGCCUGCCCGUCGCUGCCUAUGCAGAUGCCUUGGCUGCCGUUGCUGUAAUUGAUGAUCUGGAUCCUGAGCAGGUGCUGGGGUUGUUUCUUGAAACCAGAAAGACUUGGAUAUUGCACACAUUGACUGCUUCUGCUGGUAAUGCUGAUGCUACCUCUUCCAUUGCCAUUUCCGUGUUUUGUGACCUUUUGAGCAUAAUUCAGGUUAGCAUAGCGCAGGUAGGGGAAUUGUUUUUGCAUGUUUUGAAUGAUAUGCCUCUCUUUUAUAAGGUUAUUUUGGGUUCUCCCCCUGCUUCCCAGUUGUUUGGUGGGAUCCCAAAUCCUGAUGAUGAGGUCAGGUUGUGGAAAUCUUUCAGGGAUAAAUUAGAAUCUGUAACAGUUAUUCUCCAUAAAACUUUCAUUUCUAACACUUGUUUGAGGUGGUUGAGGGAUUGUGGAACACAGAUCGUCAGUAAGAUUAAUGGAAGGUAUCUGCUCGAUGCCAUACCUAGUGGCCAAGACCUUGGAACGGCUGAGAAGUUGAUAAGGCAGACAAUGGACAGUAAGGAGGUUCUGGAGGGGAGUUUGGAAUGGCUUGAAAGUGUUUUUGGGUCUGAGAUUGAGUUGCCUUGGAAUAGGAUCCGAGAACUUGUUUUGGAAGGUGAUUUGGAUCUUUGGGAUGAGAUCUUUGAAGAUGCUUUUGUUAGGAGGAUGAAAGUGAUUAUUGACUCAGGAUUUGAGGAUCUGACCAGAGCUGUCAACGUGUCAGACGUGAUCCACACUAUUGGGGUGGUUUCUGGUGAGAAGAUGGAUUUUCAGGCAUAUUUGAAUAGGCCUUCUACAAGUGGUGGGGUUUGGUUUACAGAACCUAAUAUCGUUAAGAAGCCGGGUCCACUAUUGGGGAAUAAAGCAUUGCCCGAGGCAGAUAAUUUCCAAAGUUGUCUCAAUGCCUACUUUGGUCUUGAAGUGAGUCAAAUUAGAGAUGGAGUCGACAGCUGCUGCCACAGUAUUCUUGAGGAUCUAUUGAGUUUCUUAGAGUCUGCCAAGGCAUCUCUGAGGUUGAAGGAUCUAGUUCCGUAUCUGCAGAAGAAAUGUUACGACAGCGUGUCAAUGAUAUUGAAAGAACUCAAAACUGAGCUUGAUAUUUUAUACAGUUCCAUUGAAAGUGAACAUAAGGAAGGUGAUUCAGUGCCUCCUCCUAUAAUUGUUGAGAGAUCUCUUUUUAUUGGGCGACUCUUGUUUGCAUUUGAGAACUACUCUAAACACAUUCCUUUGAUUCUUGGUUCUCCACGGUUCUGGGUGAAGUACACAGUGCCUGUAGUUUUUGAGAAGCUGCCUUCCUUGCUGUGGCAGUCUAGAGCUGCCACCAAUUCUCCUGUCUCUGACAGCCUUGGAAUGCAAAUGGUCACUAGCUCUCAGAGGCAAAGUUCAUCUGCUACUGCUGCAUUGUUUGGAGCAAAUGAAAGUGCAAGCCCAAAACUUGAUGAACUUCGUAAGAUUACACGAGAGCUCUGCAUCAGAGCUUACAGCUUGUGGAUGUCAUGGCUCUCUGAUGGGCUUUCACUUAUUCUCUCUCGGGAGCUUGGACAAGAUGAUGGAUUAUCUGCAACAGCUCCCUUAAGGGGCUGGGAAGAGACAGUUGUUAAGCAAGAACAAUCUGAUGAGGGGUCAUCUGAGAUGAAAAUAUCACUCCCAUCUAUGCCUUCUCUUUAUGUGAUAUCCUUCUUAUGUCGAGCAUGUGAAGAAAUUCAUCGUAUUGGAGGCCAUGUUCUUGACAAAUCAAUUGUGCAAAAGUUUGCAUUAAGCCUCAUAGAAAAGGUCAUUUCUAUUUACGAAAACUUUCUCUCUACUAGAGAGGAAUUUGGAGCUCAAGUGUCAGAGAAAGGAAUUUUGCAGGUCUUGUUAGACAUAAGAUUUGCUGCUGAUGUUCUUUCUGGGGGUGAUUUCAAUGUGAAUGAAGUGUUAUCUAGCACACCAAAGUCUAAAUCAUCAUUCAAAAGGAAGCAGGAUCAAAUUCAGACAAAGUCUUUUAUUAGAGAACGCAUUGAUGGGUUGAUUUAUUCUCUUUCGCAGAAGUUAGAUCCCAUUGAUUGGCUCACGUAUGAGCCAUACUUAUGGGAGAAUGAGAGGCAGUCGUACCUCCGGCAUGCUGUCCUCUUUGGGUUCUUUGUUCAACUUAAUCGGAUGUACACAGAUACUAUGCAGAAACUGCCUACUAAUUCAGAGUCGAAUAUUAUGAGAUGUUCUGUUGUUCCACGCUUCAAAUAUCUUCCAAUCAGUGCUCCAGCAUUGUCCUCGAGAGGGACUUCUGGGACACCUAUUACAGCUGCCUCAAAUGAUAUAGCUUCAAGAAGUUCCUGGAAAGCUUAUACAAAUGGAGAGCUUUCUCGAAAAGUUGUUUUGGAUGAUAACCCAAGUUUUGGUGUUGCAACGCCAUUCCUAAAGUCAUUCAUGCAGGUUGGCAGUAGAUUCGGAGAGAGCACUUUGAAACUGGGAUCUAUGUUAACGGAUGGGCAAGUGGGCAUAUUCAAGGAUAGAUCAGCAGCUGCCAUGUCAACAUUUGGUGACAUUUUACCUGUACAAGCUGCAGGACUUCUUUCAUCAUUUACAACCGCCAGAUCAGAUUCUUGAUUUCUGCUUGGUCCUUAGCUUUUGUUCUCCCACCAGAUUUCAGGUGCAUGCUUUAUUUACAUGGAUAGGAGUGCCUUAACCUUUCAACUUGCAUGAUAAAUGAUGGGGAACAGGACCUACUAUCGAGCACUACAUGUCAAGGGUAGAUGAGCUGUUUACCUGUUUGUAAAAUUUUGGCAGUGCAAGAUACUUUAAUUGAGCUGAGCAGGAAACAAAGAGUGUGCAGUGGAUUGGCUACUGUGCAUUUGAUGGGGACCAUGGUUGAUGCAUGGUAAAGACUUGAAUUGGAGACAUUUGGGCUGAUAGGAAUUUAUCCCUUUAGGGAUAGUUGAAUUUAGCUGGUGGGAAUCAAGAGAAUGUAGUAUAUGUCAAUUUGCAUUAUGACAGACCAAAUAAAGCUUGCACAUUUACCUGGUUUGUAUAUCCUUGGAGAACGCCAUCUUUUCUCUCCACAAAGCCUUACUGAAAGUAUUUGGCAGUUGUUGAAGCUGUUUGUUAGUCAUAAUUUUAGGUAUCUUUCUUGCUCAUAAUUUCUUAUGCCACAUAGUUGCACCUGGAAUGGAUGGUAUGCAAGGAAUUUCAGUGCUCAGGUGUUUCUUAUAUGUCGAUCAAAUUGGAAGCUGGCCCUCCCCACUUGAUUUCAGUUCUCUGAACUUGUAGCGUGCAAAAUUUUCUUUCAGUUGCCGCUGCUUUCUAAAUUGGUAUGUAAUUGGAAAGUUUCCCAGGAAGAAAUGAAGCAAGAAGCCCUUUAUCUCCAUGAAUCAACACUUGUUUUAUAUUUCUUGUUUAGUUAUUUUAGCAUUUACUGGUAUGCUUGCAUCAAAAUAAUGUAUUAUUUUAUUCUAGUAGGGAUAGCAAAUAGUGUCAUGAUGAUAACUGUAAUUCUAUCAUAAGGGUAAUAUCUUGGAAUAAUUAAUGCUUUUUUUUUUCUUCCUU